UGGGCUGUGCGCCUGCGCGGCAGGAAUCGGCGCGCUCGGUCGGUCGGUCGUUCGGGUCGGUUCGGUUCGGUCGGUUGGUGUCCAGGCGCGGGCCGGAGAGCAGCAGGUCAAGAAUAUUUCUACACCCUAUAAAUAACUUGAUUUGGUGUUCUACUUCAAAUCAGUUUACUUGAGCCAUUGCAAGAUGGGAGUUGUAUUUUCGUGCUGGAGGGCUAAACCUUCCACGAUAGACAUUCUGGAAAAAAUUGACAAGGAAGUAAACGCAUUGGAAGAAUUCAGGGAAAAGAAUCAGAGACUGCAGAAGAUUUGGGUUGGGAGAUUGGUCCUGUAUUCAUCAGUUCUUUAUAUCGUUACAUUUAUAUUUGUGUACUUCUGGUGGUUUCCAGAGGAAUGGACUUCACGACUAACCCUUGCACUUCCAGGGUUUUUAUUUCCUGUCCUGGUUUGGUUAAUAAGAAAAGCUUUGAUUUGGCUGUUUCGCAAAAGGACUGAAAGGAACAGUGAUGCCCUCGAAGAUUUAAAAGUACAACGCAAGAAAAUUCUUGAAGAAGUAAUGGAAAAGGAAACUUACAAGAAUGCCAAAAUUAUUUUGGAGAGAUUUGAUCCUGAAUCCAAAAAAACUAAAGAACUUGAUCAGCCAGCAUCUGGAAUCCCAGGUACUCCAAGAUCUGGUCAAGUAGAACUGCGUCAGCGGACCUCGGGUCAGAGAGGUCAAACUCCAUCCACUCCACAAAAUCCAAGCCAGGGAAACCCACGUGACCUACAAGCUGGCACACCUGCUCUGCAACCCAGCACAUCUGCACCCGGUGGACCCCCAGAAAAAGUUCUUCAGGCAGUUUCACAGACACCUGUACUCUCGAGACGGCCCAUUUCCCCAGCUACUCUGAUGCCUGGAAUGGGUCUACAUCCUCCUGGUCCUCCACUAGCCAGGCCCAUCCUCCCUCGGGAUCGAGGGGCUGUUGAUAGAGUAAUUGAAUAUUUAGUUGGUGAUGGACCACAGAACAGGUGGAGUUAAAUAAUCAUUUGUU